GUGGCGCCACCUGCUGUAACGACGAGAGAAACGCCAGUGGGUCAAAGAUGAAAUAUGGCGGCGCCCAUUGGUUUGCAUCUGAGGUGAAUGUCUGUCAACUUUUAAGAGGUCACUAUUUAAGGACAUUAGGAUGACAUUUUGAUUACAACUUCUGCAGCAGCCAUGUCCAGACUGAGUGUGGUGUUCGGCGGCUCCAGGGGCAUUGGCCGUGCGGUGGCCAUGCUGUUGGCUCAGAGGGGGCACAGGGUUGUGGUGAUAUCCAGGAAUCAGGAGGCAGCUCAGGCCACAGCUGCAGCACUGCCUGGAGCAGACCACAAGGCUCUCAGCUGCGACGUCUCCAAGGAGCAGGAAGUGCAGAAGACAUUUGAAGACAUCCAGAAAACCUGUGGCAACGUGGGAUAUCUGGUCAAUGCAGCAGGCAUCAAUAGGGAUGGGCUGUUGCUGAGGACUCGUCCAGAUGACAUGGUGUCGUUGCUUCACACUAACCUGCUGGGCCCCAUGCUCACCUGCAGGGCGGCGCUGAGGAGCAUGCUGGGCCAGGGCGGGGCCGUCGUCAACAUAAGUUCUGUGGUGGGUCUGAAAGGCAACGCAGGGCAGUGUGCGUACAGUGCCAGUAAAGCCGGGCUGGAGGGGUUCACACGCUCCCUGGCCAAAGAGGUCGCCUCCAGGAAUGUCCGUGUCAAUGUCGUCGCUCCAGGGUUCAUCCGCACAGACAUGACCGCCGGGCUGCAGGAGGAUAGACGGAGAGGGGCGCAGAGGAGGAUCCCCCUGGGGCGCUUCGGAGAGCCGGAGGAGGUGGCCCAGGCGGUGCUCUUCCUGCUGGAGUCCCCCUACAUCACGGGCCAGGUGCUGGUGGUGGACGGGGGCCUGCAGCUGGCCAUGUAGGGGCCCAGCCAGCACGACUACCUGCCUGCCUGCUGCCCACCUGCCUGACAGCAGCACAGGGAGAAGGGCUUUCUUCUGGACACACAUCCAGGUCUGGGUUGGAGCAUUGCCUCAGUUCCAUAUGAUGGAGCGGAACAGCACCU